CUCUCGGCUAACGGGAAUCUAACGGUAGCUAGUGUUAGGUUCCAACACAUCGGCCUUCUGUCUCUAGCAACUCUCCUUCACAGACACACGGACACACCGUAACAUUCAUAUUUAUGUGUCCACCCAGGCAUGAACUAACCUCGCCCGCUGCCGUCGUCGCUGUGCUGGCGGUGGACGCGGCGCUAGGGGUCGGGGACCGCUGCAGAGUAACCAACGCCAUGGCUGGAAGAUGUGGAUUCACCGGCGGCCACAGUGGCCUGCUCCCGAUGAAGUUCGCUCCCGGCCCCUUAAGUCAUCUCAGACGAUCCAAGAUGUCUCCAGCAUCCUGUGAUGAUAGUUGUGUGCCGGCAUCCACAGAAAUGCGCGUGGCUAUAAUAGGCGCUGGAGUCAUUGGUCUGUCCACUGCUCAGAGUAUAUAUGAGCAGUACAACUCCAUCAUCAGUCCACUGACCAUUGAGGUGUAUGCAGACUGCUUCACCCCUCUGACCACUAGUGAUGGAGCGGCAGGCUUGUGGCAGCCAUACUUGUAUGACAAUAACAAUCUCAAGGAGAGGGAAUGGAAUAAACAGACCUUUGACUAUUUGGUCAGUUGCCUCAGUUCACCUGAGUGUGUGGAAAUGGGUGUUUUCCUCCAGUCUGGUUACAACCUCUGCACAGAACCAAGUCCCGAGCCGUCCUUUAAAGAUAUAGUCCUGGGCUUCAGAUGUCUCACAGAGCGUGAGCUGCAGAUGUUUCCUGGCUACAGUUCCGGGUGGUUCAACACUAGUGUCAUGGUGGAGGGUAAGACAUACCUUCCCUGGUUGAUGGACUGGUUACAAAAACGAGGUGUGAAAUUUUUUCACAGGAAAAUUAGCUCAUUUACUGAGCUGUCUAAAAGUGGAGCAGAUGUGAUAAUAAACUGCACUGGUGUAAGAGCUGGAGAACUCCAGCCUGACCCCGAGCUCAAGCCAGCCCGUGGACAAAUAAUAAAGGUGGAUGCCCCAUGGUUGAAGCACUGGGUUUUGACCCACCAUUCAUCAGGGGUUUACAACUCACCGUACAUCAUUCCAGGGAGUCGUCUUGUGACAGUCGGUGGGUUGUUCCAGGUGGGCAACUGGAGUGAACACAAUAACAUCACUGAUCAUGACAACAUUUGGGAACGGGCUUGCCAGCUUGAGCCUAGUCUCAAGCAUGCCAAAAAAAUGUAUGACUGGACUGGCCUCAGGCCAUUCCGAAACACAGUCAGACUGGAAAGAGAGACAAUACUGUGUGGUCCCACUGCAAUACAGGUGAUUCACAACUACGGCCACGGAGGUUUUGGACUAACCAUUCACAGAGGCUGUGCCCAGGAAGCAGCCAGACUUUUCGGUCAGAUCUUGGGCCAAAAAGGGUUUGAACCAAAAGCUCGCCUGUGAAUUUGUGUUUGCGAUUCAGCUGGAAUCGAGUCACUGAUUUUUUUCAGUGCCUUAUGAGGCGUACACUCAUCCUCUAAAUUCAUACAGAAUAACAAAAACUAAGAAAACAAACAAAAACACGGUUAUCAUUCAAAUCUGAAGGAAACUAUGAAUGAUUUUUAAAUGUAUUCAUAUAUAACAGCAUAAAUCACUGCUCUUUUUCAAUGAUCUUUUUACUGCAAUAUUGUACAUUUACAUCCAGUGUAUUGACAAGAAUCAGUGCACACGGACACCUAAUGCAGCAUUUUGUUUUUACACUGAUAGGAUCAAUACUAUAAGAUGGGCAUCUGCUAAUUAGUUUUCUUUCCAAAGGGACUGGGAAAAAUACAGUGGUGUCCGCAUCACUUUGAAUCAACGAAAAGCAUGACAAAUGAAAAGGUUUGAUGCAUUAUUUACUUAGUAAAUAAUAAUAAUAAGUAAACAGUAACCCAAUUUGAUCCUAACACAUUGUUUUAAAUAUUGUAAUCAAGUAACAUUUAGUAUUCAAAAAUAUACACAAAAUACCUCUUUUUACUUGAAUUCUGCAUCAUUUAAUGUAUUCAUUUUCCAAAAUGUAACACAUUGGCCAUUGUCAAAAGAUAGUUGUGUAAAAUGAUCGUUAGUGCUCCUGGAAUUAUGUAUUUUGCCCAGUUUCCUUUGAAAAUCACAAGUAGAAUGACAAAUCUUACAUAUAUAUCCUUGGUCCUUGGCCACCAUCCUUGUUGAUAUUGUAAUGUAUUUGAUAUGACUUGGCCAUUAUCUCCAAUCUGCAAUCAUCAAAAAACACAUUUAAAUAAGCGAGAUUGUACCUAAAUAGGUUCAAUACAAAUUAAAUGUAUAAAGCAGAUGUUUUGCAAGUAAAUAAUUAAAGUAUUUAAGGCUUUCUCAGUUGAAGUAUCGGUAGCUAUUGUAUGACUUCUGAUCCCUACACCAUAACUUUUUGUCCUUUUCAUUAGCACAAAGCAAAUGUCUUCAGAGUCUUACUUGUCCUCCACCAUUUGUGUCUUAAUCCCGCUUGACAUGUCCUCCAGCCAUCCUGUUGUUGGUAUAUAAUGGUGAGAUGGUGACAGCAGUGGUGGUUGAAGACUAUUAAGUGCAGUGACAUGACUGUCUGUCUCUGUAGCAGCUUUAGUGCCUAAACCGCAGACACACAGAAUGGAACCGAAGACGCAGGCAAAAAGCUUGUCCAGCUUUUUGUCAUUCAUUGCAAUGGACUACUGUCAUUAUUACUCAGUCCUGGGAGCAAGAGCUAGAAUGAGGGAUUUGCCCUGAUCUUUGUGAGGAGUCCCGGCCCGUCAUUUCCUGGCCCCACUGACGGUGGCUGGACUCCUGCAGGCCUCGGCCCGUUGUCUCAAUUGGCAGUGCACAAGAAGCGAUGGCGGCGAACAGGCAGCAGCAGCAAUACACCGACAGAGCCAAAUACACAGACGACUCCAACAAUACCUGCAGGAUAAUGUUAGCAGGAAAAAUCUCAGUUUGAAUAUCACAUUGUCAUAAAAAGAACACCAUUUGACAAUCGUUACCUGUGCAACAAAAGGUGUGAUGAGGGCACCAACUCUGGCCAUUCCACUGCUUGUUCCUAAUCCUAAAGCUCUGGUUGCAGUUGGAUACACCUGUAGAGUAUCAGAAUGUUCUUUAGUGUGAUAUCGGUUUGAUUUGAAUUAGCCUAUUCCUAUGAAUGGAAGCUAAGCUUUGUGUGUGUGUAAAUAACCUCUGGGGUGUACACAUAGGCAGCUUGGAAUCCUCCUGAAAUGAAAGCUCUAGCGAUGAAUAUCAGCACCGUCAUGGAAGCUCUGGAACAAAAUAGGAAGCAACAAUGGUGGAUAUAUGAUUUGACACAAUUGUUUUUAUGCAGAUUGAUAUCUUUUUCGCAAAUUUGUCAUUUUACCUCCCCACACAACCAUAGAGAGGAAUGAUGCACAGAGAGAAGACGAGGAAACACAAGGCCAUAGUCUUCCUUCUUCCUAAGCGAUCGAUCGCCCACAAUAUCACCAAUAAUCCUGUGGAACAUGACCACAGAACCUUAGUUUAUGUGAUGCAGUCACAUAAACUUAAUACACUUAAUAUAGAAUAAAAAUGUUUCGGAAUAAACAUUUACUAUCUUUCAAUCUAUGAAGCAUAGUCAAACAAAACAAUCCUUAAAAUGCUAUAUAAUUGUAAAUAUUCCAAUUUAUUACCUGGGAAUUCUGAUAAGGUUGUCCAUAACAGGUCUUUAUAGUCAUCACUGUUCAGAUAUUUACACUCCAAGCUGCAUCGCAACUCAAUCUUAUUACCUUUGGACACUAGAGAGAAAUAUAGAACACAUUUCAAACAUUUCUUAAUAUUGGCUGUACUAAUGUAUUCAUGGCUAUACUCAUACUGUCAUAACUAGCCAAUAAUCUCAUAUUCAUUACAUAUAGACAAAAUCUGACUGAGUCAAAGGCUAAUUGCAUAAUUAAGAGGUUUGGUGUAUACCCAGUAUUUUUAUUUUUUUACAUCCAUACAUCCAUCUUCUGUACUGCUUAUCCUCACAAGGGUCACAAGCAUGCUGGAGCCUAUCCCAGCUGCCUUUGGGCGAGAGGUGGGGUACACCCUGGACUGGUCGCCAGCCAAUCACAGGGCACAUAUAGACAAACAACCAUUCACACUCACAUUCAUACCUAUGGACAAUUUGGAGUCACCAAUUAACCUAGCAUGUUUUUGGAAUGUGGGAGGAAACCGGAGUACCCGGAGAAAACCCACGCAUGCACGGGGAGAACAUGCAAACUCCACACAGAGAUGGCCGAGCAGGGAAUCGAACCCACACAGCUAGGAAUCGAAUCUCCAAGCUUUGUGGCCUCAGCCACUCGGCCAUUUUUACAUACAGUACAGUUGAAUUAAAAUAUAUCUACCAAUCCAAUUGAUGGUAGCUGGAAAAUGUAAGCCUGCUGUACUGUGUAAUAUCGAAGCACCUAGUACUUAAUGGUGGCACUCAAGUCCUUUAAAAUUUUAGCAUGCAAGCACUUUAUGGCUCCCUAAUCUCGUGGUAUAGUCAAGUGUACAUGGUUCUUUGCCUAUUGUUUAUCUGUUUUUUUUCUUUAUUUCUUCUCUUCUUUUAUAUCAAAUGUUAUCGUUCUUAAUAUCGACCUACCCUCAGGGACAAACGAUGGAAUUCAGCCAAAGGCCAAUAUCUUGCAUAUUUACAUGAAAAUGUUGAUCAAUAUCCAUAUUAAAGAAAUAAAUCAACUAAUUUUACAAAAAGACUGCUUUGGACUGCUUCGCAUUUGUAAAUGUUCAAAUCAUCAUCUAAACAAUGUUGUAUUUCAUCAACAAAACAAAAUAAACAGAUGAACUUACUUCCACAUGCACCUCCUUCUUGAAAGAGCUCUGUAGUGAGCAACACCAGACCGUAGUAUGAGAAAGCGUUUGCAAACCUUAGUAGACACAAAAACCUCAAUGUACUGUUGUCUAUGGAGUGUUAGAAAUAUGAGUUAAAUGAAUGGCAUAAUCAGUCCCACUUUUUACCAAAUAAACCACAGCAGGACUGUAGUCCAGCGAAUGUGCGAUGAGAACAAGUCUCGGAUCUUCCCACGAUCCUCCUAAUGAAAAGAAAAGAUGUCAAGAGAGAACUGAUCUCCAGGUUGUAACAUAAAUAGUAUCUAACCAGUGACUGAUUUACUUGUUUGGCAGCAAUAAGUUUUCCCAAUGG